AUGAAGAUAAAGAGAGCAGUUCCGAAAAAAAUUUCCCGGCCACCGGCAGAAUUAAAGGAAGUGAUUGAUCGUGCGUCAGAGGUGGUGGAAGAGGAGCUUGCAGGAAUGUUGAAUAGUUUUGACGAAUGGAAAUAUGCACGGGGAGAUUUAUUCCAUUGGGUGACAGUUUUGAAUCGGUUUGAUGGGAUACUUGAGAGGAUUUGCAAGGAAUAUGUGUUGAAGAGUGUUCAGAUUGUUGUUUUUGUACCGAAGACGAAGGAGCUUCUUUUAGCAAUUCUGCGGUUCUCGACGCUUCUUUUAGAUAAUUGCUCAAAUAGAAACAUUUACAAUUCAUGCAAUUAUCUUAAUGAUCUAUUAUACAGUACGGAUGUGGAUGUAGUGGAGCAUACUUUGUAUCUUUCUUUGAGGCUUGCACAGAGAGUGAGUAGUCAGCGGUAUUAUCGGUCCAAUUAUUUUAUUUCUUCGGAAAGAUGUUUAAAGCUUGCAAUGAGUUUGCAACAGUCAUCUCAGGAGCGUGGUACAUCUGGAAUUGAUAUGGUUAAGCUUCUUUCGGAUUCUCAUUCAACAGAUGGGUAUAAGAAUGUUUAUUAUGCUUUUUAUCGUCAUUUAAAUCCAGUUGAGGCAAUGGCAUUGACUGCUUCUAGUAGAGAUAAAGAGUCACAGAUAUCUGCACAGAUAAAUAAGGCUAAAGUUAAAGAAAAUCAAUCUCCUUGUGUAACAGAACCCAUGGAUGAUUCUAUAGAGGGUAUGACAGCAAUAAAGAUUAGUUCCGAAAAGCUUUAUAAUAGGCAAGUUGAAGACAUUCUUAGUGAUGCAGUAUCUACAUACAAUAUUCCAAUGACUAAUUAUUUUGAUUUAAUGUUAAGAAUUAGGUUUGCGAAAUAUGUCUAUGAUAAAAAGAAGAGACAACAGUUGGUUUGUAUAAAAAUUCUUGCUAUAGCUGUGCUGGCAUAUACUGUACAAGAACAUGUGUUACAUUCCCGUUUUUUCAUUUUUGAGCCAGAUAUUAUAACUAAUCUCGCACAACUUAUCCAUCCUGAUAAUAAAAUAUCAAAGGAAGUAGAGAUAGCUUCAUUUUAUGCUCUUGAAGCAUUGGCACACCAUAGACCGAAACUAAUGGAUGUUCUUUUGGCGUUAAAUGCGUCUGUGAAUCAUGGUAUUUUGAUGUAUGUUUUUAGAACAAUGAUAAUAGAAUUGGAAAAUCCGAAUUUUGCGAAAGAUUUUUUAAAAGAAUAUGUUGAUGCUUUAUUUUUACUUAUUCAUUAUUUGACAACUACGCAACAAGGAGGAAAUAUGUUAACAUCUGCAGGCAUUAUUUCUUCUCUCAUUCGGCUAUUAAAAAACAAAACACCUAAAGCGAUUAGGGCAGUUACUAAAGCUACUAGCUUACUGGAUCAUUUAACUUAUGGAUUCCCUUCUACUUUUAAUGCAUUUUGUUCUGCACGGGGACUUGACGUUUUAGUAGAAAGAAUAAAGGACGAAGUUGAUUAUAAUAUUACUCAGUUUUCUUCCUUUGAUAAGUUAUUAAAAACUAGCCCAAUAGAACAUUCAAUGUCUCAAGAAAGAUUUAUUAUUUUAAAGACUAUGUUAAAAUUCACUUUACAUAUGAUGCAGUCUACAGGGACUUCAGACGGGUUGCGGAAUCUUGUUGAUUCGUCUCUUUUGGAGACUUUGAAAAAGAUUUUUACUUAUUUUGAAGAUUUCGGGUCUUCUAUUAUUGCUAUGUCUAUAAAUAUUUUAUCUACUUUUAUUCAUAAUGAACCAACAUCAUAUAGCAUUAUUCAUGAAGUGAAACUUUCAGAAACAUUUUUGAAAAUGACAUCAUCCUCAAUAUUACCAUCACCUGAUGUUAUAUCAGCAAUACCUAAUGCUUUUGGUGCAAUAUGUUUGAAUACUCAAGGGAUGGAGCUUUUUAGCAGUAUUAAACCAUUGUCCUCUUUUUUUAGCAUAUUUACAUCUUCUUUGCAUCGUAAAGCAUUACAGGAGAGUGAACUUUCAAGUAUUUUAGGCACAUCCUUCGACGAAUUAGUGCGGCAUCAUCCUAGUCUUAAGUCUGAAGUUAUUGAUGAAGUCCUUGCAAUGCUUAAGCGGGUUCUCCAAAUAGGUUCAGAAUUGACGAGUAUGAUAGAUGUUACGAAUAUGUUAAUUACUGCUUCUGAUAAUGAAUCAAAUUCUCGUAAUCAGCAAGAUGACGUAAUUAUGAAAGAAAGAUUUGAUUAUACAGAGGAUGAUGAAAAUGGUGUAAAACGGCCUGUAAUUAUUUCGCAUAUUGAUUUUGUAUCAAGGUUUCUUGAGGGUUUUUUUCAAAAUUCUGCUCAUUGUCGGGAAUUUUUGAGGAAUAAUGGGCUUGAUAUUCUUUUGCAAUACUAUUCACUUCCUAGUCUUCCUUAUGAUUUUAUAGAUACACCUGCAGCAUAUUCUUUAUCACAUUUGUUUCGUAUUAUUAGUGAAGUGAAUGUGCAAACUGUUCUUCUAGAUAUUAUGAAAUAUUUCCAGAAAUCUUUAAGCAAGUUAGAUAUAUUGUUAGAAUAUAAGGAUUCUCGGAGUUUUUUUGAGAAAUAUCUGAAGUUACUUCCAACAGGAUUAGAAUUUAUUUCUGAAGGCAAUUGUUUUUUAAGAAAUUUAUCACAAAUACAUGCUUUAGGUUCUUUGCUUUCAGAUAUAUAUGAGUUGCCAAUAUUUUCUCAUGCGCGUUCUGCUUUGUCGUUUUUUCAGCUUUUUUUAUCGAAUCCUGAUUUAGAUGGACUUUUAGAGAAGAUAGGGCAUUUAAUCCGUGUUUCUGUAUGGGAAAGUAUUAGACUUUUGAAUAUAAUACCAAGCGAUUUGGAGGAAGCUACAAGAUUUGCUGAUGAUUCGAAAACUAAAGCUACAGACAAAGAAAAAAAAGAUUUAAAACUAGAUCAGCAGGUUGAUAGAAGCUCUUCUGCAUUUCUUAAUGUGAAAAUGAUACGUUAUUUACUUGUGCAGAUUCCGACAUCUUUGAACAAUUUUUUUCAAGGUCUAACAAAAAUGUUGAUAACGCAUCGGUUUUCUGAUUCAGGGCAACGAAAAAUGGCUUUAAAAGUUGCAAAUAUUGUUGGAACUAUUUUAGCUCAGCAUUUGAAAUGGGAAAAACUUGAUAAUGUGGAUUCUAUAAACGAUAAAUAUAUGUAUUGGAUUAUGAUCCUCGGUUUUAAUCAAGCAGUGAUAUUGGAGGAAAAACAACAGCUUUCUGUGCAGACUAUUGUAUUAGUUGCAUUUGAUAAAUCAGGAGGGGUAAGUGCUACGUUGCAUAUUUUAAAAGCAUUUUGGCAAGAAGUAGACAAAUUGUCUUCUGUAACUGAGGUUUCUAAAGACAGUUGUUCUAUUACAUUUCGAAUGUAUGAUGGAAUUAAAAUUAUUCUUCAAUUUUUUAAAGUAAUUACUUUACCUAAGGCAUUAUUAACAUCUCUUCAAACUGCUGGUUUAUCGUCUCGGGAGAAAGAUAAAGAUAAGCCUGAUUACUUCAAUCCUAAUGAUUUUAUUGCUCAACUUAGGAUGUCUAUUCUUCCAUCUAUUAGGGAUCUUUGGGCUUCUGAUAUUCUUUAUAAAAUGCCUUAUUUGAAUGCGAAAUCUAUAGUUCAAAUUCUCAGUCAGGUUUUUAAAACUGAUGGAGAAACGAAUGAAAAACCCGAAAGUAAUGCGUCAUUAACACCAUCUACUCAUAGAACAUUAUCUGGACCUAGUGAAGAGAGGAUUCGUCAGCUUUGUGAUAUGGGUUUUUCAAGAAAUGCUGCUGAAACAGCUUUAAUUCGUUGUGGUAAUCAUUUGUCUACUGCUACGGAAUAUCUUUUGGCACAUCCUGAGUUAAAUCAAGAUGCAGGAACAUCUAGAGUUCAUAGUAAUUCUAAUUUAUUUUCGAGCUAUCCACUUUCUCUUCAAAAUGAGCAAACUGAUGAUAAUAUUGCGAGAAAUAUUAAUGUCGAUACUGUUCAAGAUUCUUUUUUUAUAUCGUCGUCAAAUCUUUUGAAUUCUUCUGACCAGGGUGUAUCUUCUAUCCAAGAUAAUAUUGAGACCGUUUCUGGGUCAGAUAAUAUGAAAAAGUCAGAAAUUAAUAUAUCGUCUUCGAAGGGUAAAGGAAAAGAUAAUUCAAAGAUAGAUUCUAAGAUGUAUUCUGAUGUAAAUCUUACUAGUAUUCGCAAGUCUAUAAAGUCUGGUCUAAUUGAAAGGGUUUUGUCAUUGUUGAAUAUACAUAAUAAUCUUGUUUUUGAAUUAUCUGGAUUAAUAUUAGAGGCAUAUUCAUAUUCUAAUGAAAAUAAUUGGAGUAUAUAUGUAGUACAGUUUAUUGUUAGUAAGAUAGGUGAGCUAGAGAGUAGAAUUAAAUUGUCAGAAUCAUACGGUUUACAAGCUGCUUCAAUUUUGCACCUUCUUGGAUUGUUGCUUCAUGAUUCUUCUUUUUAUGAAUCAUGUAAAGACAAGGUCUUGAGUUUUCAGCCUGUUUUUAUUUGUUUUCUUACUUGUGAGAAUGAUAAGCCUUCUCCUUGGAUUUCACCUGUACUUUUAGUGUUUGAGCAGAUUAUAAUAGCGUCAAUACAGCCAAAGCAACAGCCUCUUCUUCCAGCUACUGAGGAUAGUCCUCCAAAAGUCGUUUCGAAUUUAUUUUUUUCGAUUCAGAAAGAGUGUAUUUUUGAUGCUGUAUUAGAUUUAUUCAAAAUAGAACUUCAAAAAAUUGAUGAUAUACUUUCUCUUCUUAGAAUAUUAGUUAUUUUAACUCGUUCAAAAGAUAUAGUUAUUCGUUUUUUUCAAAAAGAUGGUAUGCAAUUGCUGUUUUCUAUUAUAAAAUCCAUAUCUGGGAAAUAUCAGAGCGAACAUUUGCAGAUUUUGAUAGUAACUAUUUUAAGGCAUCUUAUUGAGGAUUUAGAUAUUAUUCGGAAUAUAAUGAUUACUGAAGUUAAAUCAUAUUUUAGUCAAUCACGUUUUCGAGGAUUGGAUAUUAGUGCUUUUUUAAGAAGCAAUACACAACUUGUUUUGAGAGAACCUGACACAUUUGUAGAUGUUAUUGAGAAAGAAUGUAAGUUACCGCGUUAUGAUUCACAUAGUAGGAUACACCAAAUUACUUUAAAGGAUUCGGAAUCUACUGAGGAUUCUGUACAAGAGACUGCAUCUAAUGAUCAAAUAUUGCCUGCGUCAUCUAGACCGAUAUGUCAAGAUGAGAUCUUGGAAAUAAAUAGAUCUGAGGAUUCUAGUGUUGUCUCUUUUCUUUUAUCUGAAUUGUUGGAUUGUAAAGAUAGUCUAGGAUGUGAAGAAUUAAAGCAACCUGAGUUUAACGUGGCCCCUGAUGCUUCAAAUGUAAUAACAGCGAGUAUAGAGCAAAAUAAAACUUCCAAUGUUGUUUCUAAAGAAAAUGAAUUUAAAGCUGAAGAACAUCCUCAGUAUAUGUAUAGAUGUUUUUUGCUUCAGUGUCUUGCAGAGUUAUUAUCAUCAUAUAAACAUUGUAAAUUGGAAUUUAUUAAUUUUUCAAGAAAGUAUAUUUUUAGAGGAGCCGUUGUUCCAUCAAAAAUACGGUCGACAAUGUUAAGUUAUUUAUUAUAUGAAGUUAUUCCAUACGGUACUAUUAAUCCUUCUGAAAACAUACAGAUUAGGAAAAGGUUUAGUGCUUCAAAUUGGGCUAUAUCUGUUAUAAUUUCAUUAUGUGCAUCUACAUCUGAAAGUAGCGAAGAAAAAACUAAGUCUGACAUGAUUUUUGUGCGUAAACAUGUUUUAGAGGGUAUUUCGAAAGCCUUUAAAGAUUCUUCUUGUUCUUUGGAGCCAUUAGAAAUGCGAUAUUCUCGCUUGCUUACUCUCUCUGAACUUUGUUAUAGAUUACUUGUUGCAAGAGCAAAUAUAAAAGGUACUAGUAAUCAUACCAAUGAUGAUCAUAAAAAAAUAGCAAAGUUGAUGCUGGAAAAGAAUUUCAUGAGUAUAUUAACAGGAGCAUUGGCAGAUAUUGACCUAAAUUUCCCAUCAUCUAAACGUUUAGUAAGAUUGAUACUUAGACCAUUGAGAAAGUUGUCCCAAAUAGCUGUUGAGUUAAAUGAGAACUCGGAAAUUGAAAAACCUGAUAAUAAUGAUAAACAAGAUGGAACUUUGACAGAUGCAUCUAUAUCUGAGCGAGAACAGUUGGAUGAAAGAGAAGAAACUCUCGACUUAUAUCGUAAUUCUGCUUUGGGAAUAUUUCAUGGUGAAAUGGAGGAUAAUGAGGAUUCUAAUGAAUUUGAUUCAGAUGAUGAAGAAAUUUACGAUGAAAUGGAUUUUGAUGAGGAAGAUUCCGAGACAGGGAGCGUAUUAAGUGAUGAAGAUAAUGAUAUUAAUAUAGGAGGUCAGCAAAAUGGGGAAAUGGAUGUUGAAAUUAUACUUGAUGACCAAGUAGAUAUAGAUGAUGUUAAUGAGCAGACGGAAUUGGGUUCUAAUGAUCCUGUUGAUCCUGAUAGGGUAUCUGAAGAUGGUUUCGAUGUUGAAAUUGAUGAUGAAUCUGGAUGGCAAACAGAAUCGGAGCAUGAUGAUCAGGGUAAUAUUGAAGAUAGAUCCAACCAGUUGCGUUCGUUAUCUAGUGUUCAGCGAAAUAACGAAGCUGAUGCAGAUGUGUUAAUUGAUGAUAGAGAAGAUCAAGGAGAGGAUGAUGAUGAUGAUGAUGACGAUGAUGAUGAUGAUGAUGAUGAUGACGAUGACGAUGAUGACGUUGAAGAAGCUUUAAUAGAAGAAGAACUUUUACCUAAUGACAUUGAUGAUAUUGAGGCAAACGGUCAAUGGGGUUGGAGUUCUAUUGAUGAUAUUACAAAUGAGGAUGAUGACAACGAUAUUGGUCGUUCAGAUAGGAGAUCAUGGCAUGCUAUAACUUCAGGAAGCUGUCAUUUUAUUGGUGAGCCAAAUGUUCAAGUAUUUCGUCGAAGUUCUAGGAUUAAUAAUGGGGUAGAAAAUAGUAUUAAUCCUUUGUUAAUAGAUUCAACAAAUAUAUCACAAAGACAUAUACUGCAAAGCCGCGAUAGUUUUUCAAGAUCUGAUAGUUUUACUGAUUGGGUUCACUCUAUAGAGCAGUUGAUAGGGGGAGGGGCUGUUCAAGUAUUAGGUGAUGUAAUGAAUAGAGUAAGUCGUCAAAUAAGAGGUCCUUCUCAGCAUGCUAUUAGAGUUGAAGUUAAUACGAGUAAUGGUAGUUUGUUAACACGUGAGGUGGAGAGAAUGUUUGGUCAGCGUUCUCAAUCUGUGCAACAAAAUCAAAGAUCUUCUAGAGAAGAUCCAAUUACUGCUGUUGCUACAUGGUCACCGACAUCAACUAGUCAAAGAUGGUCUGAUGAAGCACGUUUGAUCUAUGGUAGUGCUGUUGUAGAAAAUGCAUUAUUGAUGUUGAACUCGCUGAUGAAUGUACUUGUUCCUCAGGCUGUUAAAGAUGAAAGGAUUCGUAAAGAGAAAGAAAGAAUGCUAGAAGAGGCAAGGAAAAGUCAAGAAAUGUCAGAAAAAACGUCUGACGAUAAAAAUAAUAAAGAAAAACAUCUUGAGAAUGAAUUAUCUGGCAGUGAAUCAGAUAAAAUAGGUCAUACUAUAGUUGAUUCUUCUCUCAUGGAUGGUGUUGAAAAUGUUUCAGAUCAAGCUCAAGGACAUUCUGUAAACUCUUCUGCAGGGCCUCCCCAGCGUGUUACUGUUAUGUUACGUGGUAAUGAAAUUGAUAUUACUUCAUUGGAUAUCGAUCCUACUUUUCUUGAAGCAUUGCCUGAAGAUAUGAGAGAAGAUGUUCUUACUCAACAUAUUAGAGAUCAAAGAGUUGCUGCAUUGACAAGUCAGUCAUCUGAAAUUAGUCCAGAAUUUUUAAAUGCUUUACCAGAAGAAAUUAGGGAAGAAUUGUUACAGCAAGAAGCAGCUGAUAGAAGAAGAAGGGAGAGGGAACAACAGUCUUAUUCUUCAAGAAAUAAUACUGAUACGGUUACUACUGGGCCAGUUGAGAUAGAUCCAGUAACAUUUUUAGCUACACUUGAUCCUUAUCUUCGAAGGCAAGUUCUUCUUGAUCAGGAUGAUGAAUUUUUAUCGCAGCUUCCUCCUUCGCUUGCCGAAGAAGUGAAUUCGCUUCGAGAGAGGUCUGCAGGAAGAUUGGGUCAGGUCUUUCAAAUACCAGCAUCGUCAUCUCAUCAACAAGAAGCUAGUAAUACAAUAUCAAAAAAAUCCUCAACAAAACAUGAAGUAGUGCAGCUUCUUGAUAAAGCAGGAAUAGCUACUUUGGUUCGACUUCUGUUUAUCCCGCAGCCUAACGGCAAAAAUCCGUUGCAUGAUAUAUUAUUAAGUGUUUGUAAGAAUCGUCAAAAUAGAAUUGAAGUAAUAAAUCUUCUUCUUUCUGUAUUACAAGAUGGUACUAAUGAUUUAUAUGCUGUUGACAAAAGUUUCUCGCAAAUGUCUCUUAGAGCAAAAAAUACUGUUUUAAAAGGAACACCUAAGUCUAAAACAUCAUCAAAAUGCUCUCUUUCAUCUUUUCUUCAGUCAAAUGGGGAAAAUACUCCAAAUUUGGUUACUCAGCAAUGUAUAGAGGCUCUUGAAUUUCUUGUUCAGUGGAACGAACAUUUACCUUCUUAUUUUUUAAAUGAGCAUGAUCAUAUAAUUCGUCCACGGCGAUCUAAUUCUCGUAAAGAUAAGGGGAAAGACGUGACUACUAAGGGAUCUAAAUAUGCUAUUAAUAUACUGUUAAGUUUGCUUGAUAGGAAUUCUAUUUUGCAGAAUUCUAGUAUAAUGGACCAGUUUUCUCAUUUACUUUCUAUUAUAACUCGACCAUUAGUAGUUCUUAAGAAAAAAGGGAAACAAGAGUCAGAAUCGUAUAAGAAUUCAAAGUCUUCUCAGCCUCAAUCUGAAUUAAAUGAUGAUACAGUUGAUGAAAGAAGUGAACAGAAUGCUGAUUCUCAUGAUGAUGCUGAUAUAGGGUCUGUUGAUAAUAACGAUAAAGACCAAGAUGUUAAAAAUAAAAACAAAAUUGUACAGCCACCUUAUAUUCCUGAAAGCAAUUUAAGACUUAUUGUGAAUAUUCUUAUUUCUAGAGAUUGUUCGAGCAAAACUUUUCAGUAUACGUUGACUGCUAUGCAACAUUUAUCAAUAAUUCCAGGUUCUAAAGAUAUUUUUGGAGAUGAGCUUGUUUAUCAGGCUCAGGCAUUUGGUUCAAAGUUAUUAGGGCAAUUAGAUGAUUUAAUUCAACAAAUUUUAAAUGCAUCUUAUGGAGUAGAAUUACAAGGGACUGCUUUAUCUGAAUUUUCUCCUGCUAGUUCUGAUCAGGCUAAAUUAUUGCGGAUUCUUAAAGCUAUUAGUUAUCUUUUUGAACAGAAAGAAAAAUCAGAGUCUCUAGAGAAUGAUGAUAGUAAUAACGAUUUAUUUAGACUUUAUGAUUCAUUGACUUUUUUGCCACUUUGGAAAAAGUUAAGUAUAUGUUUAUCUGCGAUUCAAGAAAGGCCAGAUAUGAUGCAUGUUGCAACAAUUUUGUUGCCAAUGAUAGAAUCUCUUAUGGUUAUAUGUAAAAAUACAGCUUUAAAGGAUAUAUCUAAACGAACUCAUGGAUCUCGUCAGCCUACUCCUGCUGAGGAUUCAAUGGAGUCUAUAUUUUUUUCUUUUACUGAAAAUCAUAGGAAAAUACUUAAUCAGAUGGUGCGGAAUAAUCCUUCAUUGAUGAGUGGCUCUGUUUCUCUUUUGGUAAAAAAUCCUAAAAUUUUGGAUUUUGAUAAUAAACGUAAUUAUUUUAAUCGGAGGUUGCAUGAUCGUGGUUCUACUAGAGAACAUUAUCCGCCUUUGCAAUUGAAUGUUCGCCGUGAAAUGAUAUUUUUAGAUUCAUAUUUGGCUUUAUAUUUUAAAUCAGGUGAUGAAAUGAAAUAUUCAAAAUUAAAUAUUCGGUUUCAUGGUGAAGAGGGUGUAGAUGCAGGUGGAUUAACGCGUGAGUGGUAUCAAGCCCUUGCUAGACAAAUGUUUAAUCCUGAUUAUGCAUUGUUUAUUCCUGUUGCUGCUGAUCGAACUACAUUUCAUCCUAAUACAAGAUCAGAUGUUAAUCAAGAUCAUCUUUCAUUUUUUAAGUUUAUUGGCCGUAUUAUUGGAAAAGCUCUUUAUGAUAAUCGGUUAUUGGACUCUCAUUUUAGUCGUGCAGUAUAUAAGAAAAUAUUAGGAAAACCUGUGUCUUUGAAGGAUAUUGAGACACUUGAUUUGGAAUAUUAUAAAUCAUUAGUAUGGAUGCUUGAGAAUGAUAUUACUGAUGUUAUUACUGAAACUUUUUCUGUUGAAACUGAAAAUUAUGGUGCAACAGAAACAGUUGAUUUAAUACCUGGAGGGAGAAGUAUAUUGGUUACUGAAGAAAAUAAGCAUGAAUAUGUCAAGGCAGUUAUAGAAUAUCGGCUUAUUAAUAGUGUUAAAGAUCAGCUGGAUAAUUUUCUUAUUGGGUUUUAUGAUAUUAUACCACCUGAUCUUAUUCAAAUAUUUAAUGAACAGGAAUUAGAGCUUCUUAUUUCGGGUCUACCAGACAUAGAUGUUGAUGAUUGGCGUCAUAAUACGGAGUAUUAUAAUUAUACUGCAUCAUCGCCUCAAAUACAGUGGUUUUGGAGAGCUGUUCGCUCGUUUGAUGACGAGCAGCGUGCAAAGUUGCUUCAGUUUGCAACAGGGACAUCAAAAGUUCCUUUAAACGGUUUUAAAGAACUUGAAGGAAUGCAAGGUAUUCAAAAAUUUUCUAUUCAUCGUGAUCCUACGUCAAGUGAUCGUCUACCUCAAAGUCACACAUGUUAUAAUCAAAUAGAUCUUCCAGUGUAUGAAAGUUAUGAGGCACUUCGUGCUGCUUUACUUACUGCUAUAAAUGAAGGUUCUGAAGGAUUUGGUUUUGCAUAA